CGAAGCUCAAAAGCUGCACAGUUAUAUAUAUUGUACAAUAUAUAAAUCAUCAGUGAUCCUCUUGAUAAACGCGAAUUAAAUCGAGAAUUCGGAAAUAUGGCUGCUGCCGCUGCCGCUGCUUUGCUGGACGAGCUUAUGGGAAGGAACAGGAAUGUUCUUCCCAACGAGAAACCUAAAGAACUUAACUGGGAGGACCCUGAGUUUUGUAAAUUGUAUUUAGUUAAAUUCUGCCCGCACGAUUUGUUCGUUAACACGCGAGCGGAUCUUGGCGCGUGUUCCCGAGUGCACGAUGAUGAGGCCAGGGAAUUGUUUGAGAAGGCUCCGUACUCGUAUCGGAAGCAGCAAUACGAGGACGAGUUUAUCAGAUUUUGUCAAAGUAUGUUGAACGAGGUCGAGAGAAAGAUAAUCAAAGGAAAACAACGGUUAGCGCUCAUAGGAAGAACGGAAGCGCCUACAUUGACACCGGCUCAGACUCAGAGAAACGAGGAGCAAAUUGCACUUUUAACUGAGAAGAUUAAUAAAUUGGUAGAGGAGGCUGAGCAAAGUGGUAUACAAGGCAACGUGGAACAGGCUCAAGGCUUAAUGAGAUUGUGCGAUCAAUUAAAGGAAGAACGGGAAACAUUGAGAAAAUCUAAUGACAAUAGCCAUUACAAUCAGACUGCUGAAUUAGCUGCUGCCCAGGAGAAACAAAUGGAGGUAUGCGAUGUCUGUGGUGCAUUUCUUAUUGUUGGAGAUGCUCAGCAAAGAAUCGACGAUCAUUUAAUGGGUAAACAACAUGUUGGCUAUGCUAGAUUAAAGAGUGCUCUUCAAGAAAUUAUGAGUAAACGUGAGAAAGCCAGAGAUGAAAAAGAACAGAGAAGGGAAGAAGAUAGGAAACAGAGAGCGCGUGCUAAUGAAGAGCUCGAUAGACGAAGAAGAGAUGACAGAGACAGGGACAGGGAACGGGACAAGCGCCGCAGACGUGAAGAUGAUAAAGGCAGGCACGAUUCAGGCAGUCACAGAAACUCGGGACACAGAAGUAGAAGCAGAUCAAGAGACAAGCAUGACAGACAUCGAGAUGAUGAUCACCGACGCCAUGCUCGGGACAAAGGGAAUCGUGAUCAUCGAAGCUCGAGUCAUCACAACCGACGCCGCCAUCGAUCUCGAAGUCGAAGUCACAAGUAACUACUCUUGAUUGGUUAGUGAGUGAGAAGUAAGCCAGGUAUGCACUAAACAAUAUACCAUAUUCGUCUCAAUUACUGUACAGGUUGUUUACCAGGUGAGUUCUCAUUAGAUGCACAUAAUAUAUACAUGAUAAUUAUCUGUAAUUUUGAAGAGAAAGAGAGAACGGCAUAGUCACAGCGAGCCAGUGUCUCUGGUGCCUGCCUAUUAAUCGGAGACACACUCUUAUUAAAUGUUCAUAUGGACCUGUUUGUACAGCGUUUAAUUUUGAAAGUGACGAGCUUGCUCUGUGUAAACGUAUUACUGAAUGAAAAACGGUGUGCAUCGAGGUAAUGUCGAGCAAAGGAAUAGUAAAGUUGUUCCCAUCCGAAAGGUAUUUUUAUCAUGUAGUAUUAUAGAUAUUGUCUACAGAGCAAGAUAGGAGAAGGUAUACCUAUGCUUGCUUUGAUUCGGUAUAAUGUCUUCAUAGGGUAAAUCAAUUAUGUAAUUUCAAUGAUUGCAUAGCUUUUUGUCGAAAAGAAAUUAGUGGUUUAGUGGAGGGAAACAGUGCCUACUUCCGUAGACCUGCCACAACAGUGCCCUGUGUGUGACUGUGACUAUACAAUCCUAGCUUCUACUACGCAUUUCUGAGGUAUUUAUAUCGGAAUGAUAAUACCAAACAUGUCCUUUUAUUAGGAAAGUUAGACAUUUUUCAAAUUGGUGAUAUCUUUAUUUCCGAGCGGUAUAUAUUCAAGUGCUUAAAAAAAUUGUGAUAACAAAAUCUUUCCUGCUCUUACCUUCCCUACCUCCCCGACUGCGAUUUAUUGGACCGUUCGAAUCAAGACUAAGCAGCGUUUUAUCAGUCAAUAGGUCAGGUGAAAUAUCUGCUACGGAGUCGAAGGAACAAUUUUAAUCAUUUGAACAGAGAUCAAAAAUACGAUUCUGAUAGCCCUAGGGCUGUGUAAACGAUCAGCAGUGAAUAAUUCGAGAUUAUAACUUGGUAUACAGUCGUAUGGUAGCCCUUUGAACGUUCGUUUAUGAAAGUUCAACAAACGUGUGUCGUAUACGAUGCAUAUUCUUCCCUUUGCAUGCCUUUUUCUCCGUUAUUUUUAGUUGUGAAAGAUAGGACAUGGCAAAGCUCAGUCAAAUUUUCUUAUUAGAUAAUCGUGAUUCAAACAGUUUUAUGGUACAGCUACAGAUUUAAAGGUUGACGACAGGUCACGUGGAUUGUGUCGUACGGCACUUCGAGGACGUCCCUCUUUUAAUCAUAUCUUGUCUUAUUCUUUUCGCCGCGCCCUUCAUUUCGGCUUUACAGAAAUCUCGUACUUUAUGCGCGCACCACAUUUGUGUGACUCAUAUCGACUUACAAUAAUUAUCGACUCAUUUGCACACUUGAUAAUCUGCUUUCUGGAUCACUUAGAUUAAAACAGUAUGUAUGUAAUACAAAAGUAAUAGCCUGCGUAAGAAGGGCUCGUCCUGUGUCGUUACACUGGGACGAGACAGUUCCAAAGAAAAUAAGUAAUUCUCACCGUCAUCGUUCAAUAUUUUCACUUCGCCUUCAUUUCAUCCUUAUAUUACUGUACUACUUUAACCAGCAGCCAUUGCUUACAGAUAUUUGAUAAAUACAUAGUCUAUAGAUUGGAUCUUGUACAACGUAAUACAUAUUUUUUUUAAUUCCGAUGUUGCAAGACGAUUCAAUUACGUAAAUUGCUUUUUCACACAUGUAGCCGAGAGAAACAUGAAAAUAUUUUGAUAAAUGCGUCUUGUUUAGCGUAAGAUUAACAAAUAAUACAGAUAUAUUAUCCUGCUAUUCGAAAACGGCGGAUAUUAAUAUGAACAAAAAUAUAAUGAUAUAUCAUCGUUUUCCAAGACUUUAUUAUCUCUUUUCAGACAGAAGUCAUGCCAUGGGGACGUAACCGAUGCAACAGGCUCACGUGCACACUGCUUAAUGUAAUAUUAAGGUAAAGAUUUUGCAUAAUCUCAAAACAAAUUUCAAUAAUGAAUUUUAUACAAUUGCGUUUGAGUUCAUUUUUCGUCGUGUCCUUGUUCUAUGAAAGUUGAUUACGAUAAAUCGAAUAAUUAUAAUGCCGGAAAGAAUUUAAAUUUCAAUUUUACUAGUAAUUUAUUCAUAUUCGAAAGCAAAUGUUAAUUUAGGCUACACACAUAUAUAAUAGAUAGAUAUAAAACAGACGGAGAUGAAUUUGUUUAUACUUUGGAUUGUAAUACUCAUAAGAUUGUUAGUUAAAACAAAUAAACCAGUACAACAAUGAA